CCCACUGACCCUCCCUUCCCCAUUAACAUCAGGGAGCAGGGUCUUGAUGGCAGUGGAAGUCCCCCUUCCUCCCCACCUGCCUACCGACGCCUCAACAGCCGCGAGGAGAAUGUCUUCUCCCGCCUUACUUCUGGCACCACUGGAGGAAGCGAGCAACAGAUUGGCCGUGGCAUCAUCACAGUUUACACAGGGAAGGUUCCAGCAAAGGCACCCUUGCAGUGCACUCAUGUAGCUGAAGGACAUUCACGUGCGGUGCUGUCUGUUUUUGCCACAGAUGACCUUCUCUUCAGUGCUUCUAAAGAUCGCAGUGUGAAAGUAUGGGACUUACAGACUGGACGUGAGGUACAGUCAGUAUUUGGGCAUCCCAAUAAUGUAGUCGUGGUGAAAUAUAAUGAAGAGACGCGGCUUGGCUUCUCUGUCUCUUCAGCUUAUAUACGGGUGUGGGAUCUUCGCGAAGAUCCUGUCAAGACAGUGAAGAUUUUAUGUUCAUCUGGCCUCACAAUGUCUGGUAGCUCAAGUACCUCUCAGUCACUCCCAGCAGGGGAGAUCCAGCUCAACGAUGUGGCACUAAAUCACUAUGGCAGCGUUCUCUACUCUGCUGCUGGUGACAGGGUUCGUGUCUGGGACCUCAGAAGGUUUGAUUCAACUGGUAAGUUGAGUGGAGGCCACCAGGCAGCAGUAAUGUGCCUUGCUGUUGGGAAACUGUCGGAGGAUGAGGAUGUGGUCAUUACGGGCUCAAAGGAUCAUUACAUUAAGGUGUUUGAGGUUGAUCGUGCAACAAGCAGCAAUGUUUAUACUCCUAAGAUGAAUCUCAACCCACCUCAUUAUGAUGGAAUCCAGUCUCUCGCCAUCCGAGGUGACAUACUUUUCUCUGGCUCUCGAGACAUGUGCAUCAAGAAAUGGGAUCUUUCAAAACAAGAGCUUAUUCAGUCAUUGAACAACGCUCACAAAGACUGGGUUUGUGGCUUGACAUUCAUGCCUGGUGGACAGAUGAUUCUGUCUGGCUGUCGUGCGGGCAUUCUGAAGUUGUGGGCUGCAGACUCCUGUCAUCUUCUGGGAGAGAUGAAAGCCCAUAGUUCACCUAUUAAUGCCAUUACAACAAACUCUUCACAUAUCUUCACAGCCUCUAAUUCUGGUGAAGUGAAGAUCUGGAAGUCUCCACAGUGUUCUGCAAUGACAAUGUCGACAGGGCGAGUGUUUGAACUCUCGCUGUGAAGCCUUUCACAUACGCCUUUUGCAGUAGUUUCUUCAUGCAUUGCUCUUUACAGCUUCCUCCCUUCCACUUUCAUAAGCUCCACGCCUCCUGACUCGUCAGUGUGUGCUAGGUCGUUGUCUUUCCACAUUCAGUUUCACUAUGAACAAGGGCGGUAAACAAAUGGACAUAGGACACAUUUUUACAUACAGAUGCAUACCAUUAUAAUAUACACACACACGAAUUAUCAUCAUUUGCAAUAUAGGCUGAAAUGACAUAACCUCAACAUGUUACAAUCUUUGAACAUUCAUCAUCAGGGAUGUCAUUGAAUUUACUGCUUAGAGCAUAAGCAUUGUAGUUUUUUUACAAUAUUAUUUUGGUAGAAAAUAUGCCAUAUUUCAGUCUUAAAGAUUUUAUACUGUAAUCUUAUAAAAAUUUGGUAUUAUGAUAAAGAUUUCUUGAAGCUAUGUUCUCACAUUUGUCAUGCUAUUAAUUGCACAUUAUCAUUGUUUGACAUUUGUUCAAAUAAGCCAUGAAUAUUCAUUAUUUACAUUUUAAAAAUGCAUGGCACAAUAUUAAAUAUUAAAUUAAUGAGUGUCAUAAAUUUCAUUUAAUAUUUAGAAACAUUUUUUUAAGAAACCUUCAUUUGAUGUUGUGUUGUGCAUUUGGAGGAUUGUCUGAACAUAUUUGUUACUCUAUGAAUAACCCAAAUGCGAAAAUAUACACAUUUAUGUACAUAAGAAAUUAUGGUUACUUAUACAAGAAAAAAAAUGCGAAGAAAAUUAUUGCCUUUUUGAUACAGCAAUAAAUGAACAGAUUAAGUAAUGUAAUUGAUUCGUACAUGGACGUAACAUAUGGUAGAGGGGUACCCAUACAACUACGUACUUAUAAUACAGCAGUUCCAGUCUAGACAGCACCAAGACCAGAUUCAGUGACAGCAAUGCAUUUUAUUAGGCAGGGAAUGGUAUAAUAUUUCUGUACUAAAAUAAAAGUCUAGAAGUGACAUUUCUUAUUGUUUUUAGAGGAAAUUGCUGAUAUUUGAAGUGCUAGUCUCUUUCCAAUGAAGAUGGGUUUAAUUUUAUUAUUUGUGGAUCAGAUGAUGGUACCACAGUAUUCUUUGAUAUCCAUACUGUCUUAAAUAUGCAAGAAAUUUAUUUUGAUCCAUUCUCUGAAUGUAUAACUAUUAAUCAGCACACCAGUAUGUAGAUAUUUUAAUGGAUUCUAAAUAUUAAAUUAAAUUUAUGACACUCAGUAAUUAAUAUGGUACCAUAUUAACCAUAAUGUACGUAAUGAAUAUUCUUGGAUACUUCGAACAUUGUUAAAUAAUUGUGUACUAUGCAGUUAAUAGUAAGAUGGCUGCAAAUAAAUAACCCCAGUGAGAUCUCUGUCAUAAUAAUGAAUAUUUUCAGAUUAUAAUAUACCAUCUGAACAUUGAAAUAUAGAUUAUUUUCUGUCAAAAUGGUAUUGUAAAAAUAUGUCACUCUGUAACAGUGAAACUGGAUGAUAUCCCAGAUGAUGACCUUUCUAAAGACUGAAACAUGUUGAGUUUAUGAAAUUAAAUUUCAGUUCAUGCUGGAUUGACAGUAAUUGUUAUUACCAGUUUCAAAUUUUUGGACUUUUUCAAUUGCCAUUGUACUUCCUCAAACCACUACGUUUCAGGAAAUGGCUCUUCCCUCGUCCACUAACAUUUAGGGAUGAACAGGAAUUCUUAUAUGGAAAUGGGACAUAUGAGGUGAAAUCAUAUAAUUCAGAAGAGUUAUCAUUGUUUGAUUUGUAUGCACAGACAUUGGUGUAUGGAAUGGAGAACAUUUUGGAACAGUUUGUGAAAUUUGAGUAUUGUUAAAGCUCAGAUAGAGGCGUGGAUUAGCACAUAGAAGAGUGGUUUAUAUGUACUGAUGUGACAUUCACUGGAUCAGAGUAUUUUUUAGCUUUUAUGGAAGAGACUCAUAGCUUGUUUUUAUUGAUGAGGAGUGACACCACUAGUCAUUUGGUGGGGCUAUUUGGACGGCGAAUCAGCCCGUGAUAAGGUUUCUACCUACUCAGGACAACAGAAUGCAGAAGGCAUGGCGUAAUUUGUGAUCUUAACAGGAUUGAAAGUUGAAAUCUUAGUGUCUGACCAGUCCAGAGCCAAAAUUUUGUAAAACAGCAGAGAUGAAGUUGCUAAGAAGACAGCACAGACUCCAUUGUUAAAUGUUAAAAUCCGGGUCACUUUAGCUAUAAAGAUAACUGGCCAAUUCAGUCAUAAGUUUCUUGAAUCAACGGAUGUCGGUGACAGUGCCUAAUUUGUAUCUUGUGUACAUCAUCAUGAGCGAUGAUAUCAAGGAU